ACGCGCCCGUCGGCUCGAGAGCUGCUGCUGCUGUUUAGAGGGAAAGAAACAGCAGGCCCGAAAAAUACACACAUUAUUGAACAAAAAAAUAAGUUGUCCUCUGCCAACAGUUCGGGAGAAUUUACCGCGGUAUGGCCGUGAAACGAAUUUUUCGUUUGCACCGUUGCGAGAUGUAAAAUGGAGGAAUGCGCGUUGAAUGCAACUUUUGAGGGGAUCAAAAGUUUGUGAAGUUUGAACAUGCAAAAAAACAACCUUCACUCACAAGAAAAAUCACCUGUCGAAGCUUCUUGUCAGAUGUGCAGUGACACAAUCCCAGAAAGCGACCCAUAUAUAUGAGAAAAUGUACCAUGGCAAAGACCAGCUGAACGGCCACCUGCAGACCCAUGACCCCAACAAGCAGGAGCUGCGCUGCGAGGAAUGCGGCAAGCAUUACAACACUCGCCUGGGUCUGAGACGCCACGUGGCCACACAUGCCACCUCUGCCACCAGUGACCUCACCUGUAAGGUCUGCCGCCAGGUGUUUGAGAGCAUGCCGACGUUACUGGAGCACUUGAGUACACACACUGGUCGGCCUCCUCCGGGGACUGUGGUACGAGAAAGGAAGCAUCAAUGUGAACGGUGCGGCCGGCGCUUCUUUACCCGCAAGGAUGUGAGGCGCCAUGCGGUGGUACACACCGGCAGACGGGACUUCCUUUGUCCACGUUGUGCUCAACGCUUCGGCCGUCGGGAUCACCUCACCCGACACCUAAAGAAGAGCCAUGCGCAGGAGUUGGACGCCCUGCCAACGUUGCCCAUUAAAGAAGAGCCCAGUCCCACCAUGUGCUCCGUCGGAUCUCCAAAGGAUGUCACCGAGGCAUUUCCCAUGGCCAUGUUCAACUCGCAAGGCCUUCCGAGCGCAUCUACCUCAGGGGUCAGUCAUCAUCAUCAUCACGGGAUGGUGUCUGGCCCCCUGUCCAGCCCAGUGGGUAUGGGCUGCUACCUCGAGCCAAACAAGCCUCCGCCGCAGCAGUACCAGCAGACACCCAGAUAUCAACCCAGCUCCACUACCUCAUAUCUGAAAGCAGAGAUGGAGAACUUCCUGACUGAACUCCAGUGCGGGCCAAUGCCUCCGCAGGCAGCUGUGGCGACUGCCAUCUCCCGGCCCGGUGACCUCCUUCCUGAGAGUUUUGGAGGUCAGAGUGCGCAUUUCACACUCAGGAACUCGGCGUUCACCUCCGCCGAGCCGCCUGCCAGCUCUGCCAACAUGGACCUUUCACAUCUGCUGGGUUUCUUGCCGUUCGGUCUGCCUCCUUAUAGCACUCCUUUGGGAUACUCCACCACCUCGUCUGCCCCCGCCGCGUCCCCGAGCCCUACCUCGCAGCUCUCUGGGCCUCUUACCUCAUUUCAGCCACAGUCACUGCAUGAGCCUCAGGCUGCAGGGCACUUAAACCAGCUCUCUGGUUUCUCUCCAACCCUACCUCGAUUCCAUCAGGCCUUCCAGCAAUGAUCCGCUACAAACAACCUGUCAGAAACAAAAGCCCCGUUGCAUCAUUGCCAAGUAGCAUAUAGGUAAUGAACCGGAGACGGUGAAGUGAAGUGGGUGCGAGGUCUUCAAAUGUAGAAAUAGACAAGAUGAUCGCUAGGAUAGAUGGAGGUUUGCUUUUAGAGUAGUUUUAACUUUGUGGAUUUUCCUAGAGGGUCUUCCGAGUAACUGUUUUGUAGUGAUAAAAGAUUCAUGAGAAAAAGAAACAUAUACUGAAAGGUUAGAAAAGAAAUACCUCAAUAUUUUUUGUCAAGAAGGAAAAUAAUGCUAUUACAGUGUUCUCUCCGUUGUAUAAUGAAGCACUUUUUUUUUUUUUAUUAACGGCACUUCAAUGACUGAAGGUGUGGUCACAUUUAUCGUCACUUAUGAAAUUUCACUUGUUUGAUAUUAUUGUCUGAGAUAGCCCAUGCAAAUGUUGCAAAGCAUUUGCUAAGGGUAGAGGUGACAUGGUGGCUCAGUAGUUAGUACUGUCGCCUCACAGCAAGAAGGUCGCUGGUUUGAGUCCUGGCAGGGUCAAUUGGCAUUUCUGUGUGGAGUUUGCAUAUUCUCCCCGUGUUCGAGUGGGUUUCCUCCGGGAGCUUCUGUUUCCCCCACAUGUCCAAAGACAUGUGGUAUGCGGUCCACCCCGAAGAUAACUUUCCUAAUAAAGUCAAAAGAAAUGCAGAAAAUAAAUUUCAAGUCCUUCCCUUACUCCUUAACUGAACCAAAAAACAGGAGAAAAAUCACUUUUAAAAAAAUGGCACUCAGCCCCUACAGUGCUCAGUGUGCUGCUUAAUACUAUGUGGGUGUUACAAAAGUCACAACAAGGAGGGGAGAGAAGAAAGAUGGAGAGCGCCUUAAAUUUCAUAACUUUAGGCAACUAGAAAAGACGACAGAUUACUGAAUAAUAACGAAGCAAUCUUGGAAAAGUUUUCUGUCUCCCACCCCUCCGCGUGAUCUGAAUCUGUUGGUCUCAUAUUCAAAAGACGCUGCGUUCUCCAAGCACCAGCCACAGCGCACGCUUGUGGCACGUUCAAUUAAGGCAGGGUGACCUGGAAACCGGACAGGAGAGAGAGAAACACAGUGGCACAGAAAAGACAACUCAUAAAUACACUCAGGCGUAACAAGGUGAAUUGGAUGAGCAAAAUUGGUCAUAGUGUAUGAAUGCGAGAGUUUACGGGUGUUUCCCAGUACUGGGUUGCGACUGGAAGGGCAUCUGCUGUGUAAAACAUUUCCUGGAAUAGUUAGCGGUUCAUUCCGCUGUGGCAACUUCUUAUAAAUAGGGGACUUAGCCAAAGGAAAAUAAUGAAUUUGCGCCAAGGGUGCUUUCGUACAUGUUUUUGGCCUGAACCUAAUUUUGAUUGAUUCCUGUUGCCUCUAAACAGUGUUCACAUUAGAACUUCACAGGUCCACCAAAUGUUUAAGUACAUCGAUAAGACCUGAAUGGUAAUAGAAUUUGAGGUUACAGUGAUUAUCAAUGAAUGGUGAGUAAUUGAUCGACAGGGGUCUGGAUGCAGACUUGGUGAGCUGCAUGCAAUGCUUUUUAAUGCGCACAUCUAACCCAACUCUUGACGCUACCCCUCACAGUGACGUCACUAGCUGCAUUGUGACAUUGAAAGUCAGAGAUGAGCAGUCUCAGUUUACAAAUCAAAGUCUGCAUCCAGAUACUAUUGAAUUGAUCACCACUUCAGUGUCUACGUUUGUUAAGUGCAUUUUUGAGAAUGCACAUAGAUAUGUGCAGAAACCCAAUACCUCAAGGGAAUUUCUCUUAUGGAUAUUGAAGCUAGAAGAGAGUGCUGUUCUUUCACUCUGCCUACCUUCAAAUCCCGAUGAUAGUAGGGAUCCAACUUGCACCAGAAACAAGUUUGACCAACUUAUAUGUUAUCAAUAGCAGCUCACUUAAUUGAUUUAGUGUGAUUGUGUUCAUAUUGAGGUGAACCCUGAAUCCCUGAACCUGUAUCCCAGACAACAGAAAGCUUUGAAAGUGACAUUUGCAUGAGCUGGCCUUCAUUAUUCAACACUUAACUUUUUUUUUUUUUUAUCCCAAAAACCUGCCGAAAAUGUGUCCACACCACACCCAGUCAAGUUGAACUGUGGUCUUAGAUGUACCUCUCAGCUCACGGUCACACAACACAAAAAACCUACCUCUUUAAGCUGAAGUCUUGUCUUGAAAAGGAUUCAGUGGUUUGACAAGAAAUGAAGCAAAUCCUCAUGCGAAUAGCAUGAAGAACCUUAUCUCGUUUUUGAUUUUUUUUUUUUUUCUUUUCUCUUUAGAUUGCUCUACAACUUUAGUUAGGGUUAGUUCUACAGAAAAAAAUGUAGAAUCAGGAGAUUAAUUAGCAUUUAAUUCAUUAGCUUGUGUUGAUUUUAAACUUUAGGUAAAAUUUGUAGGUGCUUUGGUGUUCAAAUCCUUAAUGCUAAUGAAAGGACUCGCUCAUCCCCUGUAAAUCCCCCAUCUCUCUCCGUUCAUUCCAGAGUAUUUUGUAAGUGAAAAGAGAAAGUAUUGAUGGUUCUGGAAUUGAAAAAUCAUAAUGAUUAGUGAAUAUUUGUAUAAAAUGACAUAACCCAUCCUGACAAAUUCCCAUUAUGGGAACUAAGUAAAAUAUAACUUUACUUUUUGUUUUUGUUUAAUGAGAAAAGAUCAUAUUUGUGCCCUGAAUAUCUCAAUAGAAAGAGUGGACGAAUAAUUUUACAUGCAAACAAAAAAAUCACUAUGAAGUUUUAUUUUGGAGUUUCAGGCUAAAUAAGCUUAUCACAAGCCCUGCUAUUGCUGAAGCACUUCAUGUACUUCUCCAAGCAAAACCCAGGAGCACUGUCAGAAAAAAAGUGUUAUAUCAUGUAAAUUUGAAUGGCAUUUUAGCACUGCCUCACUAUUGUUUUGACUCAGUGUUACAUUCAUCAGUGACCUAAAAGGUAGCUGACGGUGUAUGUUGUCAAGUCCAUUUUGUUUAAGCCAAACGAAGGACUGAAUUCACUUGAUGAGUUUCUGUUCUGUUCGUUUUGCUCAUGAGCAUUUCCCUCUUUGGCUGAGCUCAAAUGAAGCUGACAACGCAACUCAACUGUGAUGUAAUGGACUCAGACUGAUCUACCUCAGUGAGAUGCACUCUGUGCACAGCUGUACUGUACCUUUAGUGAGAAAAGUUUCAGAGGCUGUUUAGCAGGAGUAAACAGGUGCUUUACAUCUUUAAAAUUCCAAGCAUUGGCAUUUUUGUGUUUCAAGAACUGUUUGUUUUCAUUCUGAAAGCAGAAGUGGGUGAGUGAGAGAUGGCGUAUGCAGAAAGAAACAAUGUUGAGGAUGAAUUAAGAAAUAAAGCAUCUUGUAGAUUUUGA